UGUUCUUUCACUGUUACCAUCAACCAACCGGCCGACUCAAGAGAACCAGAAUGUCUCAUCAAACCGGCAUCCAAGCUACCGGGGAAGUCAAAGAAAUCUUUGCAAAGGCCCGGAAUGGAGAAUAUCGGCUCAUCAAAGUAGUGAUUGAAAAAGAGAAGUUAGUUCUUGGUGGAAGUAAACGGGCCGCCAAGAAAUGGGACCAGGAAUGGGACAGCUAUGUUCUCCCUCUCGUGGAGGACGACAUGCCCUCGUACCUUCUCUACAGGUUGGAUACCACCAACAACCAAGGUUAUGAGUGGAUCUUUCUGGCCUGGUCUCCGGAUCACUCUCCAGUUCGACAAAAGAUGUUGUAUGCUGCUACGAGGGCCACGCUGAAGAAAGAGUUUGGUGGUGGCCACAUUAAAGAGGAGAUUUUUGGCACAGUAAAGGACGAUGUCUCUCUAAAUGGCUACAAAAAGUACCUCAGCUCCCAGGCGGCGCCUCUGCCUUUGACUGCAGCAGAGGAGGAACUGAGGCAAAUCAAACUCACUGAGUUGCAGACAGACAUCCAUGUUGACACAAAGCAGCAGACUCUUCAGGGAGUGGCGUUCCCUAUGCAGAGAGACGCUAUUCAGGCUCUGGAGCAGUUUAGGGAGAAAAGGAUUAACUACGUUCAACUGGAAAUAGAUUUUCCUAAAGAAUCCAUCAAGUUGUCCAGCACGUCUCCCACAGAGGUGAAAGAUUUGCCUAAAAGGAUCCCAAAUGAUGCAGCUAGGUAUCACUUUUUCCUCUACAAACAUUCUCAUGAAGGAGACUACCUUGAGUCCACAGUGUUCAUCUACUCUAUGCCUGGUUAUAAAUGCAGCGUCAAAGAGAGAAUGCUGUAUUCAAGCUGCAAGAACCCUCUCAUAGACACAGUGGAGAAAAACUUAGGCCUUGAAAUUGCUAAAAAGUUGGAAAUUGACAAUGGUGAUGAACUAUCCAGUGACUUCCUGUACGAAGAGGUUCACCCCAAGCAGCAUGCACACAAGCAAGCUUUUGCCAAACCCAAGGGGCCAACCGGGAAAAGGGGGGGCCGCAGAAUCACACGGGCACCAGGGGACGACGGCGAUGAUGAUUAAACCUCUUCCUGUUCUGAAUCUGACAGUGGUACAUUCCACUUAGUCUAAGGAAUCCCGUCCUCAAAGCGAAUUCCCAUUUUUACCUUGACUCAUGUAGACCACAGCCCUAUAGACUGAACUAUGCACAAAGUAAAACACUAAGCCUGUGAAAUUACAUUUUGUAGCUUGCAAUAUGAUAAUUGUCAGAUAUUGCAAUAUUUUCUAUAUGUUGAAGAACACAGACUGAGGUACACAAGAAUGUAUUUUACUAAGCUUCACUUGCAUUCAAGGAUGCUGUCUGUGAUGUUCCUGGUAAUAGUUUUAACACUAUUACGCUGUUUACUUGCAUAUUAGCCAAGAUUAUGAUAUAGAGUGCAAUACUGUUGAAAUAGACACCAUUUAGUGCUUGUUUUCCAGAAAUAUAUAUUGAUUUUCAAGGAAAAACCUUUUUGAAGAAUAUUUUUGAGAAAAAGCUGGUUUCCCAUAAACGGAUAUCUAAUCUAUUUCAGGUAUAAAUUGCAUUUUCAGUGGUAGCUCUCCAGUAAAAUUACAUUUUAGCUUCGGAGUAACGUUAAUAUUGGUCCGGGAAAUUGGCCAUGGAGAUUAGGCAUAAUUUUUGUUUGGAAAACAAGCCCGGAAAGUUAAACAGUCCACGGCUUAACUUUUGUGGUCUGAUCAGGAAGGUCAGAAGUUCAGCUCUAUUUUAUGAGGCCAUACACAUUAUGUAUUAACUUUCUGAUUGAUUAGGUUGACAAAUUUUCUUAAAGAGUGACUAAAUAAAUUAUCAGUAUUCUGACAGCCACUGAAACUUGUAGAUAUAGGGUAGGGAUGAUUUCAAUGAAGAAUUUGCCAAGAAUAAUGUGCUAAAAAAGUUCAGAUACCUUUUUUAAUAUGUAUUAAUUCUUAAAAAUUGGUCGUUUUUUAUUAAAUGUAGGAUUGUUUAAUUAUAGAUAUGAUUAUAAUCGAAUCCGUCAUAGCACAAAUCUGAAAAAGUGAUGCUUCUCUGCAUCUUAGCUAUUUUUCACGUUCUUGUAGUGAAGACUAAACCUGCAGAGAUACUAUUUUUCUAAGCCUGUACAGCUGUUUGUCCAGAUGAUGUCAUUGUCUAACAUUGAAGUGAGUGUCCAUGGUUUCAGGGUUUAGGGCCAUCCUGUCUGUCUCACAACUAAUGUUUUACAUCUCAACUAAUGGCCAGCCUCCAUUUCAUGCCAUUCGCAACCACACUAAUGUAUACAGUGCAUGGAGUUAAGUUCACUUAGCAUCUUGCUUGGGAUGUUUUUGAAAUCACUCAUAAGGGAAGGGACUGUAAGUUCCUUAACCUCUGGGACGAUCCAUCUGCUGAUUCACAACAGGCAAACCACUAUUAACAUGUCUCCUAUGUAAGGGUAUUAUGAAGUCUGGAAAGGAAUCAUUGAGUCUUAAAUGUCUUUUUCUAUGCAUUGUAUAAGAUAGAGGAGAGAGAAAAAUAAAAAGA